AUGGAAAACAAUUCUCGUCGAGUGGCAAAUUUUCCUCCAACCUUGUGGGGUUGUAGCUUUGCUUCAUUUUCUUUCCCUCAAAAGGAAUUCGAGACAUACACCCGAGAAGUAGACGUGUUGAAGGACAAUACAAAGGAUAUGUUAAGGGCUUCCAAAAACGACCCAGUGGAAAAUAUUCAGUUCAUCAAUUUGUUAUGCCGCCUUGGUGUUUCAUAUCAUUUUGAAAAAGAGAUUGAAAACAACCUAAAACAAAUUUUCCAUGACUUUCCAAAUCUUCUGAAGAAUCAUGACUAUGACCUCUACACUGUAUCAGUCGUAUUUCGAGUAUUCAGGCAACAUGGAUACAAAUUGCCUUGUGAUUACAUGAAAGUUCUUUACAGAGCUAUUUUGAAUCUUUUCAAAGAAACUGAGAAUGAAAUGAGCAAGCAAGGAAGAUCCUACGCUGCAUAUUAUGUGAAGGAGGAAUUCAAAGAUUUGGUGGGAGCCUACCAUGUAGAGGCGCAAUGGGCAGCUAAAGGCCAUGUCCCAACAUUCGAUGAGUACGUGCGGAAUGGAUUAACCACAACUGUUUAUGGGGUAAUUAUGGCAGCAUCCUUCCUCGGGAUGGAAGAAGUUGCAGGAGUGGAAGAAUAUGAAUGGCUAAAAAGUAAUCCAAAAAUUGUUAGAGCUGGAAAGAUGAUCGGUCGUUUAAUGAAUGACAUAGUAAGCCACGAGGUAUGA